UUGGUUAUUCGAAUGAUUGACUUGCGUCUACUUCCAUUCAUAGAAUCGUGUGUGCAUGCGCCUGAAGUAGGAAGUGUCACUUAAUAAUUUUUGGGAAACUCUGUGCCAGUCCCAGACCAUGAACUACGUGGGGCAGCUGGCGGAGACCGUGUUUGUGACGGUCAAAGAACUAUACCGGGGCCUGAACCCAGCCACGCUUACGGGGGCCAUCGACGUCAUCGUGGUGCGUCAGCCUGACGGCAGCCUCCAGUGCUCUCCGUUCCAUGUGCGCUUUGGCAAGCUGGGGGUGCUGCGCUCCAAGGAGAAAGUGGUGGACAUAGAGAUCAAUGGGGAGCCAGUUCACCUGCAAAUGAAACUGGGGGACAAUGGAGAAGCUUUUUUUGUGGAGGAAAAUGAGGAUUUUGAGUCCAGAGUGCCAGCCCACCUCUGCACGUCGCCCAUCCACAUGGAGCUGCUGGAGGUGGCCGAGGAAACCUUAGAGGGGCUCCCCAGUUCCAGAAGCACACGAAGGAAAAAGAGGCGGCGAGUACGCAUACGCUCCGACUCACACCUAAGAGAAGAUGGUAGCUCCUCAUCCGACGAGAGGGAAAGGGAGAGAGCGAGGGAGCAGUCAGGAGAACGGGAGAGCCACUCCAAAGAAGAGCCCAGCACGCCCAUGCUUGCCAGUAAGUCUGUGUACUUCUCGCUGUCAGAGGAGCCGCAUGAAGAGUUGGUGGCCUUGCAGACCAGGGACGUCCACCCUCACUCUGAUGCAGAGUGGUCCCCCUCAGAGAGUGUGUUCUAUAGUCGUCCUUCCUCCCCCAAGAGUGACUCUGAGCUGCUGGUGAAGCCUCCGGAGUCUUCAGGGCCUCCGAUGCAGUGGAACUGGGGUGGCUUUCCCGAGAUGUGUCCAACGGAGAGAGGGAGGGUGGAGGUGCAGCAUGUCUCUGCUGGCAUCCACUGCUCGGACAGCUCCCGCUUCCGCACCAUCCAGCGGCAGGACUCCUUCGACAUGGGCUUGGAGCCCGGGGUCCACUUUGUCCGAGAGAGCAGUAUCGUCACGGUGGUGGUCAGGCCCACGCCCAGGACCGGACCAGCGGUCCAACCCACUGAAGGUUCACGCAUAAACCUGGAGAGAGCCUCCAAUAUGACCCACUCCACCCCGAAUCGCCACACCUCAGAGCUUCUCUCAGAACCGCUAACAUUGGCAUCGUUAGCGAUGGCUAGCAUAGAAUCGCCCCAAGCCCCAGGGCCUAGAAAAACAAAAACGCAGCCACGAGUAGAGACCCAGCAGGCAGGGGAUGAAGUAGCCGAGGAGUCCCCAUCCAACCCGGAGCUGGAAGACUCCAGAAACUCCCUGGCUAACACAAUUAGUAUGGCUAAUGUAGACAACACUGAUAGACAAGCUAGCAAAGAAAGCACAGCAAAUGUUGAAUGUGUAGCUAACAACAUGGUUAGCCAAGUUGAAAACGACUGUAUAGACACACACAUCCCAUCCAUAAAAGGUAGCAAAGCUGGCACAAUCAGCGCAGACAGGCUAGCUAGCGACAGCACAGCUGCUUUAGAUAACAAGGCUAGUUUGGCUAACACAACUAGCUAUGCCAGUGCAGCCAACUUAGGUCUCAUUACCACAGAGUAUCUGGGUAGCAGAGCACAACCAGAACAGGACAGUGCCUUUCCAGAACCCAAUGGACAAAGGCCAGAAGUUGUCUUGAGUGAGGGUGACAGCGGGAUUGAGCCCUGCACCGAGGGAGGGGAGAACACAGAGAACGGCUCUGUAAUGAUGGACAAAGCCACAGACUGCUCCCUGACCAAUCAGGCUGCAGAGAGUGUCGGAGUGACCGACUUGUUAGCCACUGAGGCUCUGGGGGAGGAGCAGUCUAGCUCAGCAGAGCACCAGGACAAGAAGAAAGGUAAACGCAGUCAGCACCUUGGACCCUCUGACAUCUACCUGGAUGACUUGUCUAACCUGGACCCAGAGGUGGCAGCUCUCUACUUCCCACCUAAAAGUGAGGCAGAAGGAUGCUCGCGGCUCAGUGCGGAGCAAGAGUCCGGUUCUGGUAACCAGUCUCCCCAGUCGGUGGGCAGUGGGGCCAUGGACAGCGGCACAGAGUACCUGUCUGACACUACCACCGACCACAUGGACGUUACAAUGUCCCUCUGCGGCCACACCAGUCAAAUCAACAAAGAUCAGUUUAUGGAGCACGUUGUGAACUACCAGGAUUUGGUGAGCAACCCUGGAAUCAUCGAAGAUCCAAACCUGGUUAUCUGCAUCAACUCAAAGUAUUAUAACUGGGCAGUGGCUGCCCCUAUGGUCCUGUCAAUGCAAGUUUUUCAAAAGAAUAUACCAAAGAGUGCCAUUGACCAGCUGGUGAAGGACAAGAUGCCCAAAAAGUCUGGCCGCUGGUGGUUCUCCUGGAGGAGGAAGGACAUGGACACUAACUCAAACCAGACUGGAGAGAACUCUAAGCAGGACCAAGAGGAGGCACAGACCAAGAAUGAUGUCUCAACCUCUGUGUCUGUCACUGGUCCCUCAACAACCAUACUGGCGACUCUGGAUGACCUGACUAGUGACGAGGAGGCGGGCCUAGGCAGAGUGGGCAACCUAUCAUCAGAGACCAUAAACACUGCCCAGUGUUUUAGCCAAAUGUACCGCAAGUCCCUACGCCUCACCUCCGAACAGAUAGAGCGGUUGAACCUGCGUGAGGGGGCCAACAAGGUUAUGUUCAGCGUAACCACUCAGUACCAGGGCACCUGUCGCUGCGAAGCCGCCAUCUACCUGUGGAACUGGGACGACCACGUAGUCAUCUCAGACAUCGAUGGCACCAUCACAAAGUCUGAUGCCCUGGGUCAUAUCCUACCUCAGCUGGGGAAAGACUGGACACACCACGGCAUUGCCCGUCUCUACCACAAAAUCCACCAAAACGGAUACAAGUUCCUCUACUGUUCGGCGCGGGCCAUCGGCAUGGCUGACAUCACCAAGGGCUACCUGCAGUGGGUGAACGACAAAGGUACCGUCCUCCCCAAGGGCCCCGUGCUGCUGGCCCCCAGCAGUUUCUUCUCUGCCCUGCACAGAGAGGUGGUAGAGAAGAAGCCGGAGGUGUUCAAGAUUGCCUGCCUCACCGACAUCCGAGACCUGUUCAACCCCCAGAGGAAGCCCUUCUAUGCAGCCUUUGGCAACAGGACCAAUGAUGCCAAUGCUUAUAAGGAAGUGGGUGUCCCUGACACCAGGAUCUUCACUGUGAACCCCAAGGGAGAGCUCAUUCAGGAGAAGAACAAAGGGAGCAAGUCCUCGUACACUCACCUGAGCGAGCUGGUGGAGCACUUCUUCCCUAUGAUCUCUGAGGAUGGGAGGUCGUCCUCCUUCGACUGCCCUGAGUUCAGUCACUUCUCCUACUGGAGAGAGCCCCUACCACCACUGGACCUGUCUACUCUGGAUUAGACACACACUCCCCACUUGAUUUGUCCACUCUGGAUUAGACACACACACACUCGCCACUGGACCUGUCCUCUCUGGAUUAGAGACACACACUCACCUCUGGAUUAGACACACACUCGCCACUGGACCUGUCCACUCUGGAUUAGUCACCCACACUCGCCACUGGACCUGUCCUCUCCGGAUUAGUCACACACACACACACACUCGGCACUGGACCUGUCCUCUCUGGAUUAGAGACACACACACUCACCUCUGGAUUAGACACACACACUCCCCACUGGACCUGUCCACUCUGGAUUAGUCACCCACACUCGCCACUGGACCUGUCCUCUCCGGAUUAGUCACACACACACACUUGCCACUGGACCUGUCCACUCUGGAUUAGACACACACACUUGCCACUGGACCUGUCCACUC